AUGGUGCAGGCGUCUGCAUCUUCGUCAACAACCGGAAGCCAGGCCGGUGCACCAGCAGCACUCAACAGGCCGGUGUCUGUGGAUCAGUUCCCUGACUGGGAGGUGGACGUCUCCUGCCCCACCAGCGUGCCCAGGUUGUGCAGCCUCACUGUGAAGAAGCUGGUGGUCUGCGGGGACCUUGGGCGUGAGCUGCAAUCGGCAGUUAUAGCCAUCAGGAUGCAGGGAUCCAAGCACAUUCUCAGGUCCCAGAAGAUCAUGCUGCCCCCAAGUGGACACGGGGAGAAUGACCUGACGUUGACCUUCUCCCUGCGAUAUCCCCACAUCCUAAAGGGAGAAGGCAACAAGCUGGAGAUCAUAUUGCAGCGCAGAAAGCGCUCAAAGAUGCGGACCCUCUUGAACUGCAAAAUGGAUGCCUACAAAACACUGGCCACAGGCACCAUCAACAUGGCCGAGGUGAUGCAGCAACUCGAGGGAGACCAGGUGUUGAGCCUCUGCAGCAGCCCCAAGGAUGCCAACCCCAAGGUGGCCGAGAUCUGGAUCUUCUCCCUGACCAGCCAGCCCAUCGAGCAUGAGGACUGUGCCAUGCAGGCUGACCCCAUCUCCAAGGCCACAGAUAUGUACGAGGAGGAGAAGGAGAGCUUCCACUCUGGGCAGGAGGACAGGAAAAACACCUCAUGUGGGCAAGACCUGGAAAAGGAUGACAUGGACUCGGGGAAACCCAACAAGCAGUGGCAGUCAUCAGUAGAGACUACAUCUAUGAUAAAACAUCAAAGCUUCUGGCCAAAUGAUGUGGGGCUGCUGCCCAGGCUCACAGUGUAGGAGGUCCUGGAUUCUGAGCAGGACACUGGGGAGCAUGGCCCCAGGAUGGAGGAAGACCUGAACCUGAUCAACAUCACCCUGGAGUAUUCCAGCGAUAGUGGCCCCGAAACGGAGGAUGAUGACGGCACCUUGAGCACCCCCAAGUCCCAGACCAACCUCGAGCCAUAUAUAGAAUACCUGUCACAGUCCUCCUUGGAGACGGAGACCGACAGCAUCCAAAGUGCCCAGAGCCACAUGGAGCCUCUUAGUCCCACCAACGCUCCAGAGAUGUGGGCCCCGGGAGGCCAGCAGCUGGAUGACAGUUUUGCCAACUCAGUUUCCCACAGCACGGCCUCCCCUGAGGAGCAGCCUGCACAGCCGGAGGACAGCCCGGAGGCCGAGACCUCCAUGGAGGACAAGUUCACAAAGACGCUGCAGCCAGAACAACAAGACUGCCCAGACCCACAGAGCCAGCUGAAGGUCCCCAAGAAAACUGUUCAUGAUCAGCUAAGGGCCAUUCUCUACCCCUACGACCAGCUGCCUGACCAUGUCAUCGUCAUCAACACCUCCGACUGGCAGGGGCAGUUCCUGUGGGACGUCCUGCAGCAGCAAAAUCUGCCAGUGGUGGGCACCUGCUCUGAGGCUGACCUCCAGGCGGCCUUCAGCACCAUCGUGUCGCAGAUGGAGAGAUACAGCCAACACCAUGCCCGGCCUCGAGUUCCCAUGAAGAUCGCGGUGGUGGGGGCACAGCACUACCUGAGCGCCGUGCUGCGGCUCUGCGUGGAGCAGCUGUUCCCCAAGAUGCCCGAGCUGCAGGCCUACCUGUGCUUCCAGGUCCUCCCGCUGGGGUCCCACCCCGUGCCCCGGUACCUGUGCUCCGUGGAUUACCACGACAACAACUUCUUCCCGGAUCGGGCCUGGCGGGACCUGUUCACCAAGCUGGAGGCCCAGAGCACCGAGCUGGACAAGCAGGACAUCGCGUUCGCAGUCACCCGCUACCUCGUGGGGGCCAGCUGUGUCCACCAGCUGCCCAUCGCUCAAGCCAAGCUCACCUGCAAGCCAAAGAGCCCCGAUGAGCAGUCCUCACAGAGGUUCAUUCCCUUCCUGGGGCUGGUGAAGGUGGAAACAGUGGAACCGUCCUUGGCCACCUCAGGAGACUCAGGUGAUGCGGCCCCCUCGUGCUCCAGUGUGCUUUCGUCCACCCUGCCGUCCACAUCUCCAGCCGCCAAGGAGGCCUCUCACAGCCCGUCCUCCUCCCCGUCCGUGAGUGGGAAUUCCUCCCCCACCCAGGGCAUCUGCACCGAGCCGAUGGAGCUGCAGGUGGAUUACUGGACGGCAGCUCAGCCCACAGACAAGGAGAGAGAUGCGGAGGACAGAGACCUGCCUACUGCCACCAAUAUGCUCAAGGACACCUUCCAGUCUCUCCAGGUCAGCAGGCUGCCCAGCAGGGGUGAGGCCAGAGCUAUGCCCAGCAUGGUCAUGACUGUCAUCACCAAGGACCAGGACACUGAGGAGGAGGAUGUGGAGGCCCAAAGCCAGUGCAUCGAGGGCAUCAGCCGCCUGGUCUGCACGGCCCAGCACCAGCAGAACGUGCAGCACGUCCGUAUCGAUGGCGUGGAGUGGAAGGACGUGCAGUCCCUCCAGCUGGACGCCCAGUGGUCCUCCCACGUCCAGCACUUCCCCAUCCGCCUCUUCUGAAAUCCCAAGUCCACCUUCUCGCCCUGCCGUGGCCGAGCCCAGGAGGGCCCAGCUGCUCUUCUGUUAACAAUUUAG